GCUGCAGGCCCGGGGUAUAUCAGGCGGGACUCGGGCACUCCCCCUCGCACUCGCGCGUUAGGAGGCUGGGGUGUGCGUGGCGUGCUGUCUUCUCGCCCGCGUCAGGGACCUGCCGACUCAGCGGCUGCCAUGGCAUCAGAUGAAGGCAAGCUCUUCGUGGGAGGGCUGAGCUUCGACACCAACGAGCAGGCGCUGGAGCAGGUCUUCUCCAAGUACGGGCAGAUCUCUGAAGUGGUGGUGGUAAAGGACAGGGAAACCCAGCGAUCCCGCGGCUUCGGCUUCGUCACCUUUGAGAACAUUGACGACGCUAAGGACGCCAUGAUGGCUAUGAAUGGGAAGUCUGUGGAUGGGCGGCAGAUCCGAGUGGACCAGGCUGGCAAGUCUUCUGACAACCGCUCCCGUGGAUACCGAGGUGGCUCUGCUGGAGGCCGAGGCUUCUUCCGAGGGGGACGCAGCCGGGGCCGUGGGUUCUCCAGAGGUGGAGGAGACCGGGGCUACGGAGGGGGGCGCUUUGAGUCCCGGAGUGGGGGUUACGGAGGGUCCAGGGACUACUAUGCCAGCCGGAGUCAGGGUGGCAGCUACGGUUAUCGGAGCUCGGGCGGGUCCUACAGAGACAGCUACGACAGUUACGCUACACACAACGAGUAACAGCCCUCGGCGUCCAGAUCGUCCUGCCAUGGCUGUAAUUAAGAUGGGGGAGCUUCGCUGAAGGCUGUGUAGUGAGCACCUUGUCCCCACUUUUUAGUCCUUGGAGUUCUGACCCAUCAACAGCCUGCUUCUGACCCAGAUGGCCUCGUGACCAGACUUUUCUUUGAAGGAAGCGCUGUCUUUUUAAGCGUUGUAAAAAACGUUUUGGAAAGCACUUCAGAUUUUACUUUUUUACCAUGAGCCAUGGGUUUUUGUUUUUUCUAAAGUGUCGGGGUUGUGUGGGUUUUUGGUUACUCGUUUUUGUUUUUUCGGGUUUUUGGUUGUGUUGUUUUUUCUUUUUUGUGUGGUCGCCCAUGAAGUCUGGCGCCCCAUCCCUCCUGAGAUGAAGUGGACUCGAUUUGAGCAAGCCGUGGCUCUCCGUGGCGCUCUCUCCGCGCCCCAGCUUGGCUGCGGAGCGCAGCGGGUCCCGCCCUCCCUCUGGGCACAGGCUGCUGCC